AUUUCUGAAUCCGGUAACCAGUUUCAGAAACUCUUUUGAGUGGAGAUACUAAAGUUAUAUCAGUCAAUGCAGCCGAAACAAAAAUGUUGUCGUUUUUUAUAAAAUCGACAAUAUUUCUGUUGUAUUCAGUAGCGAUAACUUCCAGUGAAAGUCAUGACAUUGAACAACGUAAACAGAUGUCAGAUCCAACAUCCGAAUUGUCGAAUCUUUUCUGGUUUGUUCAGGUAACAGAUAUCCAUAUCAGUAAAUUCUCAGCCUUUAGUAGAGCUCCUGAUUUGUCAUUUGAUGUAUCAUUAGUUUCGAGUGUACUUAUAUGUGUUCUAUUUCAGGUAACAGAUAUCCAUAUCAGUAAAUUUUUUGCCUUUAGUAGAGCUCCUGAUUUGAAAAAGUUUUGUCUGACCCAUCUAACAAAUAUACGGCCAGAUUUUGUUAUAGUUUCAGGAGAUUUAACUGAUGCAAAGUAUGCAGAUACACGGGGAUCUAAACAGUUUAUAGAAGAGUGGAAGCUUUACCAGAGAACUGUCAAUGAUUGUAAACAAGCAUAUGACACAACAUGGUUUGAUAUUAAAGGAAAUCAUGAUGCAUUCGAUGUACCAGGAGAUUUUGACAAGAGGAACUUAUUUAGGAAGUAUUCUGAACAAGGUUGGACACACCCUUCAUCCUAUUCCUUUACCCAUGUGAAGCCUUAUGGGAACUAUACAGUCAUAGCAAUGGAUGCAGCACCCAUUCCUGGACCUCGUAGACCCUUCAAUUUCUUUGGCUAUAUGAAUAAAGAAAGAAGGAUGAAGUUACAAGAUUUAUCACAACAGGCAAUGAAUUCCAGCAAUAUGACUCUAUGGUUUGGACAUUAUACUACAUCUCUUAUCGUAGAUGCUGAGGAAAACAAUAUCAGAAAUUUAAUGAAGGAUGCAGCUUAUUACCUUUGUGGACAUCUUCAUACCCUCAAUGGUUUACUGACCAGGAUGUACACAAGACAUAAUACAGGGACAAUAGAGCUAGAACUGGGUGAUUGGAGGGAUAACAGAUUAUACAGAGUAUUAGCUAUAGAUAAUGAUAUGUUGUCAUUUACUGAUGUGAAGUACGGAGAAUGGCCAGUUGUCCUGAUUACUAACCCCAAAGAUGCUUUGUUUACUUCCUCUAAAGAACCAACUUAUAGAAUGAAAAACUCAACUUAUAUAAGAAUACUGGUAUUUUCUACAGCAAAGAUUCAGUCAGUUGAUGUACAUAUUGAUGACAAAUGGAUUGGACUAGCACAUCAUGUUCAGGGACCUCUGUAUGCACUAAAAUGGAACCCAGCUAGCUAUCUUCAUGGAUUACAUACCAUUAAAGUCACAGUACAGGAUUCAGUCAACAUGUUAAAGACAGUAAAACAAGACUUUUCAUUGGAUGGUACAGUGACAUCUUUUCCUUUUCUAGCCAAAAUGGUUCUUACAAACAAUAUAUACAACUUAACACAGUGCAUAUUCUGGAUGUUGAUACUGAUUUAUAUUGUCCUCCUGCUUAUGUUGAGGUUAUUAAAUAACAUUCAGGUCAUGUUUAUACAAGGUCAGAAUGUUAUAACUAGAAAUGUUGGCCACUUUAUCAAUAUCUGGUUACUGAGGUUAUGGCUGGUGACUAAAAUAAAAUCUUUAUACUGGCUAUUUACACUUUUUACACUGUAUGUAGCAAUAGGUCCCUGGUUUAUAGCAGAUGUUUUAGAGGGAGAAGUAGGAGUAUUAUUUGUCUGGGGAUUAUAUGUCAAAGGGACAUUACUCCCUGGAUGUCUAGCAUAUCUUUAUGGUAUAUUUCAUAUUGUGUUGUUUAACAUUCCACUACUCUUAAUGACUGGAUACAUUAUUCAUUAUACACGACAGAUGUCUCAGAAACAUCAUAUACCAAGGUUCCACAAACUUAAACAUAUAUAUAUACCAUUUUUGUCACUAGUCAUCGUUAAUACUUUAAUAGCUAUUACAGAGUUUCCAGCAGCUUACGGAAGCAAAGCAAUGAUACUGGGUCCUGUUCGGACUGGAUCUAUAUUUGUGUCAUUUGUUGCUUACCAUUUAGCUCAGAAACAUGCAUUAGCUAUCCCAGCUUUUCAUAAAGUUGAUAAGGAUUAAUUUCAGAAUCAAAUUUACUAGCAUAUAAAUUUCCGGUGAAUGAUGUAUUACUAUUACUCAGGCAUUUAUCUUACAAAAGCACAUAUUUAUUUAUUUAUGACUUUUUAUAUGUAUGCCAAAUUGUUGGAGCCAUUAAGUUAUUGCCCCUUUUAAAUUCAAGAAUUUUUUUCCCAGUUUUAUACCCAACUUUGUGAUAAUAACUCUUUUGAAUGAUUCAUUAUCGGUAAAUUUUUUAAUCCUUAUAUACAAAUUUCACCGUGCAUGUGUUUAGACAAGGGGAGAUUUAGUGAUUUAGAGCUUCACAUAAUGUAUAGGCACUUGUCUAUUGGUAAAAACUGUAUAUUGACCUGUAGAUAAACUCAUCAUAGAUACCAGGAUUAAAAUUAAGUACGCCAGAUGCACAUUUUGUCUAUAAAAGACUCAUCAGUGACUCGCGACACAAAAAAGUAAAAAAGUUCAAAUAAAGUACGAAGUUGGUGAACAUUAAGGACCCAAAAUUCUGAACUCUUAAUUUUCUGAUUUGCUACCUCAUUGAUUAUUACCUCACCUCUCUUUUUAUUCAAAUAUGUAUAGGGUAUUCCAGUUCACUCAAGUUUUCCAGAAAUGAAGGUUCAAGUUCUGCCAAGCAGACACAUCCAUUUUAUAUUUUUAUACGACUGCAAAAAUUAAAAAAAUUUUGGUCGUAUAUUGGUAUCACGUUGUCUUCAUCAUCAUCAGCGUCGUCCGAAGACAGAUGGUUUCCGGAUAAUAACUUUAGUAUAAGUAAAUAGAAAUCAAUAAAAUUUUAACACAAGGUUUAUAACCACUAAAAGAAGGUUGGGAUUGAUUUUAGGGGUUAUGGUCCCAACUGUUUGGGAAUUAGGGGCCAAAUAAGCAUUUUUGUAGUUUCCAGUCAAUAACUUGUGUUCAAGUAUGAAUCUCUCUGAAAUUAUACCAUAAGUUUCCAUACGACAAGGGGAUGGUUAGGAUUGACUUUGGGGGGUUAAGGCUCAAACCAUAUAGGAAUUAGGGGCAAAAAGGGGGGAAAACAAGGUUUUUUCUGGUUAAAGGACAAUUAAGACAAUUUUAAAGCAAUCUAAGGGAGGUAAUCCAAUCCCAUUUAAAUACAACAAUGUUUGAUUACCUCCCUUAUUUGCUUGUAAAUUAUGUAUUAAAUAUGAUGAUUGUCUUGAGGUGAUUAGCUGUCAAUUUAUUUUUAGAAGUUACUAUUAAUUAAUAUUAUUUUAGCCAUGACUACAUGUACGUAUGUCAUUUUAUAUUUUAUGACUUUCAUUAUGUAUUUAAAUGGGUAAUUAUGGUUGCAAAAUUUAUUAGAAAUUUGAAUUGAGAUAAUGACUAUAUCUUGAGGGAAAGAAUUUUUUUUUGGAAAAACGGAAAGGGGGAGGUGAAAAAAAUAUUUUUUUUGGGGGGGGGACUAUUUUUUCUCAUUUCAGAUUUCAGAAAUUAAAAAGAAAAUUUCUUCAAAUAUUUGA